AUGCCGUGUAGUCCUAUUCAUUAUGACUUGGAAAACAUCACAUCCUAUGUGACGAACGUUAUGGGCAGUCGCUGCCAAUCAGACGCAAUCUGGAUUCCGACUGUCAUCACAUAUUCGAUAAUCUUCAUCGUCGGCACUGUUGGCAACAUCUGCACCUGCCUGGUGAUCAUUCGCAACAAGUCCAUGCACACGCAUACGAAUUACUACUUACUUAGCCUUGCUCUUUCCGAUUUGCUGGUCCUAUUUCUAGGUAUAGUACCUUUCCUUUUAUAA